AUGGGGCUGUUUCUUUUCUUUCUCUUGUUCUUCUCAGUUCAAGCAGAGGUUGUAUCGCUACCAUCGAAUGCUACUAGCGAAUCCACUGGGUUUCGUAUUGAGGGAAGCACUCUGACUGGCCAGAAGCUCGUCCCCUUAGCCGAGUCGCUGAUUAGCACUGCCCAACUCAAGUCCUUUAAUGUCUCUGGCACUGCCACUCAAGUCAUCCCAAGCAAUUCCCUCGACUUAAAGAAAUACCAAAUCGCUUGCAUAUCUUGCGACCAGGACGAGUAUACCGGAAAUAUCCGAGUUGACGAGACAAUUGAAUACGUCACUUCUGCUCAUUCCGCGGCAGCCAUUCUGCUGUAUAGCAAAACAGCUAUCGGCUGCAACUUCACUUCCGAUGAUCAGACCGCUGCAUCGUCUCCCUAUAUCUUCACAUUCACGAGCCAAGGCGGCUACUCUGCACUACUCCGUGCUUUCGAUCAACCAACAACUAUCAGCAUCGUCUCAAUGUCGUACCUCUCCGGCGUUCCAUCCGACGGUGAUACCGGUGGCACGGGUGACAGUCCAAACACUGCCAUGAUCAUCCUGUACAGUAUCACGGGUAUCAUCACCGCACUAUUCCUGGGCAUUAUCAUUACCGGCGCAGUCCGCGCUCAUCGCCAUCCAGAGCGAUAUGGCCCUCGCCGGAUCGCCGGGCGAGUCCGGCAAAGCCGAGCCCGAGGUAUAGCUCGAGCCAUGUUAGACACCAUACCGGUCGUCAAGUUUGAUGACAAAAACGAUGACGUGGAGGCCGCCAAAAGAGACGUCGAGAUGACUAUGAACUCUGAAGAUCGCGAGCACUCCCAGCCCCAGGACGAUGGACACACCACGGGGUUAUCGACGCCCCGCGAAUCCGAAAUGCCAACCCCAGACGAUAACGAGCGCCCCACUCCCACAGCCCCCGAAGCCAAGACCGAGAUGCCCGACGCAGGUAACUUCUCGUGUCCGAUUUGCACAGACGACUUCAUCAAGGGCCAAGACUUACGUGUACUGCCCUGUAACCACCAAUUCCACAUGGAAUGCAUUGAUCCAUGGUUGAUGAACGUGUCUGGCACCUGUCCCCUUUGCCGCAUUGACCUCAACCCACCCCAACCCGAAAACCCAGAGCAAACAGAACAAAAUGCCGACCAUCCCGACCAUCCCGACCAACCACCCGCCGAAGGACAAAUCUUAACAACGGAAGAUGCUCGCCAGCAAGCCCGUCAGCAAGCCCGCCAUACGCAUCGCCGUCUAACCAACUACCUCCACGGACCCCUCAACGCCCGACGCAUGCGCGACGCCACCGUCGAGGAGCGGCUCGCCGCGCUCCGACGCGUCCGCGAAGCAAACCAAGGCGACUCCGCGCCCGAAGGAUCACACCGUGGCCUGACCACCCGGCUACGCGAUCGCUUCCGCAUCCGGACACGCGCCCACGGUGAGGCUGAGACUCCUGACGACGAUGCUGCGCCUUCUCCGGCGGCUCCGGCGCCCGUCCAUCUCACGCCGUCUACUGCAUGA